CAAUGCGCCAACAGAAGACAGUGUCUUGGUCACAAAUCAUGGCUCCAGACAAAAGUUUGACUGUGCUCGUGCUUGUUGCGGGUCUUUGCUCGAGUUUUACAUAUGCCAAGCUUCCCAACAUUGUGUUUAUAGUUGCAGAUGAUUUAGGCUUCAACGACGUGGGUUUUAACAACCCCGAUAUUUUGUCUCCCAACAUCGAUAAACUAGCCAGCGAGGGAGUGAUCCUCAAUCAGAGUUACGUCCACCCCUUAUGUACACCAUCUAGAAGCGCCUUUUUGACAGGUCUGUAUCCAUGGAAGACGGGCUUGCAACACAUGGUUAUAUUUCCGCUGCAGCCGGCAUGUGCUCCAUAUAAUGUCACUCUCCUGCCAGAGGUGCUCAAAGAACAAGGCUAUGCAACACAUAUAAUUGGAAAAUGGCAUCUCGGCUUCUGCAACUGGAACUGCACACCAACCUACCGCGGUUUUGACAGUUUCUUCGGCUUUUACAACGGAAGGGAAGAUUACUAUGCUCAUACAUUAGGUGUUAACGCGUUGGACUUACGUGACGACGAAAAGCCUGACCGGUUUGAUGGUGGAAUCUACUCAGCGGAGCUGUUCGCCAAGAGAGCCAAGCGCAUUAUCACCAACCACGACAAGAGCAGACCUCUCUUUUUGUACUUGCCUUUCCAGAAUGUGCACUCUCCAGUACAGGUCCCACACCGCUAUUCAAACAUGUAUGCUCAUAUUCAAGAUGAAACCAGAAGAAACUUUUCUGGUAUGGUAAGUGCUAUGGAUGAAGCAAUUGGAAACAUCACAACUGCACUCAAAGAAGCUGGACUCUAUGACAACACUCUGAUAGCUUUUACGUCUGAUAAUGGAGGUAGCCCUAACAAUGGAGGGAACAACUUUCCCCUUCGAGGCUCUAAGACGACUAUUUGGGAAGGUGGCACCAGAGCGGUCGCAUUCGUCCACGGUCCUAUGCUACAGAAGACGGGGUACAGGCACAACGGAAUAUUCCACGCUGUCGAUUGGUUCCAAACAUUUCUUGCUGUUGCCGGUGGCUCUCCAGCCGAAAACAUUAACAUGGACAGCAUGAACUUGUGGCCCAUGCUGGAGCUUGGAAUAGAUUCCGCUAGAACAGAGUUCGUCUAUCACUUAGACAAUAAAUUCCCUCCACUCCAAGGGCAUGCCGCUAUCAGAGUCGGCGAUUACAAGUACAUCGAAGGAUUCCCUGGCCCGUUCAGUGGCUGGGCCGUACCACCUAAGUUUCAACAGUCCAAAAAGUAU